AUGCGGGCCUCCUUCGAACAAAAUGCCUAUCGAUACCUGAUCUGCAGUCUGCUUCUGCUGCUCAGCGGCUUCCGCCAAGCGCACGCUACGUAUUACCUCAACCAGGCCGACGGGUACGAUUCACUGCCGUCAUGUGCCGAGCCGCCCAUCAGCUCGAUUGUCCGGGACAUGGUGGCGGGGUGCGGUGACGGCGGGAAGACGACGUCGUAUAGUUGCUUCUGCACGGCGAGUUCCGACAGGUUUAGGGAGAUUAUUGCGACGUCGGUUGCGAAGAAUUGCGGACGGUCUGGGGUCGAGGUUGAGAGCGCGACGAGCGUGUUUGACGCGUAUUGUCAGAUGGAAAAGACUGACAAAGUCACUACUUCUGCAACUGAAGUGACCUCAACAUCUGCAACUGCGACCUCGGCGGUGGACACCGCGUCUGCUUCACCAGUUAGCUCUGGUGGCCUCACGAGUGUUGCGUCACCGACGUCGUCUUCAUCACCGGCUACCUCAAACUCCACCAACUCUGGCAUAUCCACCGGUGCGAUUGUUGCCGUGAGCGCUUGUACUUCUCUCGUGGCUAUUGCCCUGUGUGCUGCAGCCUUCUUCUUGUGGCGCCGGCGACAGAAGCGCUUGCGACCUGGCCGGGAUGCGCAUGGCCCUGUUUACGAAGUCAAUCAUCCGGGCGAAUUGGAUGGGAGUCAAGAAGCAUCUCAUGGCGCGGGGGAGUACUAUGCCAAGCCGGAGUUGGAAGCCAGGAGCGCUGUGAGGGAGAUGCAUAUUGAGCCAAAAGCUAGGAGGCAUCAGUUGGCUGAGCUACAGUGA